CUUUCCCGCGACCUGGAACGCCCGCCCUCUCCUCCCUGCUCCUCUCCCUCGGCUCUAACAAUAAGGUUCCAUCACGCCGCAGGGCCGGAGGAGGGCGGACCCAGCCCGCGGUGAGAGGAGGAGAAAAGCAAGGCAAGCAGCAGCGACGCCAUUUGCUGCUGUGGAGCGUGGGCGCGGGCGGAUCUCGGAAGAACCGGGUCGCGAGAUACUCGUGCACGCUGCUCGGCCUCGACGCUCUCUUCAGCUCGCGUGCCCCAUAGUGUCGCCCCUGUAGUCCCUCAGAGGAAUCAUCUCCCCCCCCGCCGCAGCCACCCGGAAAGAAGUCGGAGACACCGCAAGGCCGCCGUCACCACCAUGCCCAAGAAUAAAGGUAAAGGAGGUAAAAAUAGACGUAGAGGUAAGAAUGAAAAUGAAUCUGAGAAAAGAGAGCUGGUGUUCAAGGAGGAUGGGCAAGAAUAUGCUCAGGUAAUCAAAAUGUUGGGGAAUGGCCGAUUAGAAGCAAUGUGUUUCGAUGGUGUAAAGAGGUUAUGUCACAUCAGAGGGAAAUUGAGAAAAAAGGUUUGGAUAAAUACAUCUGAUAUCAUAUUGGUUGGUCUCCGAGACUAUCAGGAUAACAAAGCUGAUGUAAUUUUAAAAUACAAUGCAGAUGAAGCGAGAAGUCUAAAGGCGUAUGGCGAGCUUCCAGAACAUGCUAAAAUCAAUGAAACAGAUACAUUUGGUCCUGGAGAUGAUGAUGAAAUUCAGUUUGAUGACAUUGGAGAUGAUGAUGAAGACAUUGAUGAUAUCUAAAUUGAAAUCAGCAUUUUACAUUCCACUUUUUCUGAAGAUUGUCCUACAGUUUGGAUUCCGGACAUAACCCUCAAAGAAGAAUCAGUUCUCAUUAGCAUGAUUGUAAUUCUUAAGGCAGACUGACUUGUUAUUAAGGUUGUUUCUUUAAAAACUGAUAGUGCUGAAUAUCUCAAGUAAAAUGUUGAGCCCACUUUGUUCUUUUGAUGUAAAGGAGCUUAUGGAUAGAAGACCACACUUAAUUUUUUAAAAAGAAAAAAGGCGCAUUACUGCCUUUCUACUUUGACCACUUCAGUAAAUAAUGGAUGUCUCAAAUAAAACAUUUGCCUCAUACUCAUUGUGGAUUAUGAUUAAAGCCUGCUUUUAACUGGCCUGUUGAUUAUAGAGUCUUUCUGUAUAUUUCAGUUACUUAGAUACUCGCCUAGAGAUUUCGAUAUAAUUUGAAGGAGGCAGAAAUCUGUAUUUGAAGUCCAACACAGUAGGUCUGUUUUUCAUAUUAAGUAGCAUGUGGCAGUUUUAUAAUAAUUUUGAUGAUGUCAUUCUUUCCAUGAUCUUGUUUUGCCAUCAUAGACAUGUUUGGGGAGAAAAAGACUUUUCCAAAAUUCAGUUUUCAAAAUGUGGGUUUUAAUAUCAAUUUUAAAUUUGUAGAAUUAGUAGUUGUAGAUAUUGAACACUAGGUGGCACUCAGUUAGCCUGUCAGAAGUAAUUGCUGAGGUUUUUUUUCCCCUCCAAUGGCAUGCAUAGGAAAUUUCCCAAACAAGAAAAGAUUAUUUCGAUCAUGUGUGUGUAGAUUGUUUUUACAGAACAAAAAGAUUAUGUUUAAAGUGUUAGUUUGUUUUCAGAAAUCAUGUACAUGUAAGCUACAAUUUUGAGUGCUUUAUAAACACUUAAAAUGUAUAUAUAAAUGAAGAUUUAAAUUCAUAAUAACUUGUAAAAAUUAAGCCUUUUUCAGUCUAUACCUAAGCUGGGGACAGAGGAGGGAAUAAUAGACUUAAUGAAAAGACGAUCUCCUAGUUCCAAAUGUAAAACCUAUAGCUGAGCAAUACAAUAAAGUGUCAUGCUGCAGAGUAUAUUAUACCAGACCUCAUAUUAAGGAUGUAUUUUAUUAUGUGGACAGCUUUUUUGGAGUGGAGUGUUUUUGCUUAUAUUGAGAGUUUAGAUUUACCCUUCCUUAUUUAGUUUUUAGUUAUUAACUCCUACUAAAUGAAAUUAGGAUUGGGCUAGUCAGAUGUCACUGGCCACAUUGAAAUCAUGCAGUUUUAAAAUGAAAUCAAUCAUAUAGCUAUGGAACUUGUAUUCUGUUGUUCUCUAGAGAACAUGGCUCCAAAAAACAAAGUAGAUCUUUAAUCUCAUUCUUAACUGAGUUCCUUUUCUAACUGUAAAUUCUGAAUUCAAAAUCUGAGGUACUAUAAAGCAAUCUUAAAAUAGAGUAUAACAUUGUGGUUCGGAUUUCUUUAUGGAGUUUGUACCUUCAGGUGGAAGGCAUCUGAGAUCAAGGACUGAGUUUUAAUACCAAAAGAAGCCAGCCUUGAAGAGUUCAUCUAGCCCUUGUCUUCAUGAGGAAUCUAAAUCUAAGUUAGGCUUCUAUACCUAAAAGUGUUGCUAAAUUUGCACUGUGUAGAGAUCCUUCCACGUUAUUUUACUAUGAAUAUUUGCACUCUGCAUAUGUGAUACAAAUCUGGUUAGGAUAGUGCUACUCACAAAUUAGGUUUUUUUUUCAAGUUAUGCUCCUCAAACAAAUGUGGUUUGUUUAAAGAGUUUCUAAAAAUUACAACUGUGACCCCAAUUCUUUCAUGUCUGGGUAGUGACAGUCUAAUCUAGCGCUAGUGUUUCCUGGAAAAUCUGGAAUCGUGAUUAAAAUAGUUCAGGUAAGGUUGUAGCACAUAACACAAUGUUACAUGGAAGAAUUCUUUGAUUAACUUGUAUUUGAUGUGAAAAUUGUAGUUUCAUUAAUUUGGUUAUAUUUCAAAUAAGUGGUCUUCAAGGGAAAAAAUUUUUUUGGUUAUUCUCUUUGAUUUCCAUAAUAUAUUGCUAUAGACAAUGCCCAGAAAGAAAAUGUUUGGAAUCUAACAGUAAUGCUUCUUCCUGCUAAGAUGGUGUUAUAGUUAUUACUAAUAUAUUUGACAGGAUCACAAAAAGCCCUAGGUUCAAUCCCCAGCACCACAUAAACAGAACAAACUUGAUAGGAUUGCAUUUUUCAUGCUUUUUAUUCCAGUUAGAGUAUAAACAUUUGUGUUACUAAAGUGGGUAAAUAACCAAACCAAGCAUUCAUUUUAAAAGAUUUGCUGGACUGGAAGAGUGGCUCAAGUGGUAUAGAGCCUGCCUAGCAAGUGUGAGGCCCUGAGUUUAAACCUCAGUGC